AUGAAUGUAUUUGGUAGAUGUUUACAAAGAACACAAUUAAAAUCUUUAUGUUCUGUAAAAAAUUAUGUGCAGCGAAGAAAUGUACAAAUAUCGAUAGUCGGCGCCGCUAGUGACAUUGGAAAGAACGUGGCACUGCUGUUGAAACGGAAUCCUUAUAUUACGAGGCUGCACUUAUACGAUGAUAAUAAUAUAGUAAAAGGUAUUGGCCUGGAAUUGGAACAGAUUCCCGGAGGACCGAAAGUAGCUUCAUUUUCGGGAGAUCCCUUCUUGUCCGCUGCUAUUAGAUACUCCAAUCUGGUACUGCUUGUAUCGAGAACUCCUCGUAAACUCGGAUUUUCCCGUGAACAGAUGCUAGCCACGAAUGCUAUACCAGUAUAUAAAUUGUGCAAAGUUUUAUCAUACCAAAACUCCGAUGCUUUUUUUGCAAUUUCGACUAAUCCCAUAAAUUCAAUAAUACCGUUUGCAAACUUACUACUAAAAAACUGCAAUGCUCAUAAUCCGUUUAAACUUUUCGGUAUAACCCACAUCGACACUACGAGAGCCAGAGCCUUCAUUUCAAAUACUUUGAACGUUAAUCCGAGACAUCUUUACGUACCGGUGAUUGGAGGUCACUCUGACGAAACGAUAGUACCGCUAUUUUCAAAUUUAUGUCCCAGCCAUUAUUCCGUGGGUCACUGUGAAGCUGAUACAUUGACACGUCUGAUCAAGAAGUCUGGCACGGAGGUGUUAAACCGAAAGCACGGCAGUGAUUCAUCGACUCUGGCUAUGGCCUGGUCGAUCAAUGAAUUCGUUCAGAAUCUCAUUGAAGCAUUAUACGGGAACUAUGUAGUCGUGAACAGUUAUACAGCGAAUCCUCAUUUUGGGACGAAAUUUUUCUCAGGUCCGACCAAGGUUGGACCGGAAGGCGUUAUAGAGACAUGCAAUAAGACCUUUCACAUGAGCGAUUAUGAGACCAAGCUCCUGGAGAGAGCUAUUCCCAUUAUAAACAAGGAUGUGGCGGAGGGUGAAGCACAUGUCAGCGUUCUUGAAAGCGCCAGGAGUUGUUACUAG